AUGGACAGUGCUAUCACCCUGUGGCAAUUCCUCCUUCAGCUCCUCCAGGAGCCUCAGAACAAGCAUAUGAUCUGCUGGACCUCUAAUAAUGGGGAGUUCAAGCUUUUGCAGGCAGAAGAGGUGGCUCGUCUCUGGGGGAUUCGCAAAAAGAAGCCAAACAUGAAUUAUGACAAACUUAGUCGAGCCCUCAGAUACUAUUACGUAAAGAAUAUCAUCAAAAAAGUGAAUGGUCAGAAGUUUGUGUACAAGUUUGUCUCUUACCCAGAGAUUUUGAACAUGGAUCCAAUGACAGUGGGCAGGAUUGAGGGAGACUGUGAAACUUUAAGCUUCAAUGAAGUGAGCAGCAGUUCCAAAGAUCUGGAGAAUGGAGGGAAAGAGAAACCACCACAGCCUGGUGUCAAGUCCUCCAGCCGCAAUGAUUACAUACACUCUGGGUUAUAUUCGUCAUUUACUCUCAAUUCUUUGAACUCCUCCAACACGAAGCUUUUCAGAUCUAUAAAAAUUGAGAAUCCAGCUGAGAAAUUGGCAGAGAAAAAAUCUCCUCAGGAGUCAACACCAUCUGUCAUCAAAUUUGUGACAACACCUUCCAAGAAGCCACCACUUGAACCUGUUGCCACCACCAUCUCAAUUGGCCCAAGUAUUUCUCCAUCUUCAGAAGAAACCAUUCAAGCAUUAGAGACUUUGGUUUCCCCAAAACUGCCUUCUCUGGAAGCCCCAGCAGCCACAUCCAACAUAGCUACCACUUUCACCACCACCCCUCCUGUUGCAUCCCUGUCCCCUUCUUUGCAGGGACUUCCUAGAACCCCUUCACCACCGCUGAGUUCUAACCCGGACAUCGACACAGACAUUGAUUCAGUGGCUUCUCAGUCAAUGGAACUUCCCGAGAACUUGUCACUGGAGCCUAAAGACCAGGAUUCAACUUUGCCAGAAAAGGACAAAACAAAUAAUUCAUCAAGAUCCAAGAAACCCAAAGGAUUAGAACUGGCACCCACCCUUGUGAUCACAGGCAGUGAUCCCAGCCCACUGGGAAUAUUAAGUCCAUCUCUGCCUACAGCGUCUCUUACACCUGCACUUUUUUCACAGACGCCCAUCUUACUGACUCCGAGUCCCUUGCUCUCCAGUAUCCACUUCUGGAGUACCCUCAGCCCUGUUGCUCCCCUAAGUCCAGCCAGACUACAAGGUGCUAACACACUUUUCCAGUUUCCUUCUGUACUGAACAGUCAUGGGCCAUUCACUCUGUCUAGCCUGGAUGGACCUUCUACCCCUGGCCCAUUUUCCCCAGACCUGCAGAAAACAUAA